AGACUAGGUAUGCUUCAUGGGUCUAGCAUCUUCCCUACUAGAAACAGUCCACUCAUACCAAUUGUUCAAUAAUAAGAGUUGACACGCUCACAACCCAGAGUCCCAUUGCAGUUGUGACAGUCCCCCAACACAGCACAGCAAAGAGCCACGGACCAAAAUAUCUCGAGGGGACACUUUCAGCUUCAUCAGGUCGAUUCAGAUCCAGAACCACAACAUGCCAAAGACGACCUUUCUCUACCAAUUGGCUGAAAGCAGAUACUAGUACUCAAGUAACAAGCCAAGGUUCUUUUUCGACCUCGAACGGCCUACCAAAGCCAACCACUGCUUCCGUCGCAUCUGCGAAGUAACGGCCAUUGCUCCGCUCGUGAAGCUUGCUGUCAGAUAAGACCUCAACAACACGGCCUCUUCAGCGUUGGGAGAGAAGAGUUGAAGCUGUUCUUCAUUGAUGGUGGUCUAGCUGAUUGACCCAUCAACUACAACAACGGCCAAACAGGUCGCGAACAAACUUGUUCACGACUACCAUCAUACAAACCCAGGCGCCUGGACCAGACUAUCUUACCUACACAUCGAAGAAAGGAUAGACAGGCAACAGGACCGUGAAUGAGAAAAGGGCCAGACGUGUAAGGGUAUUAAGAUUCACCGACCAAGAAAGACAUCGAUCGUUCCACCACGAAGAUCCCUCACAAAGCCAUCCAUCAUCACCUGUCGCUCUCUUUCUGCCUCGAAUCACCACACCCUCUCUGUCUCUCUCGGUCUAUCUAGCACACGUCCCAGAAACGACAAUGCCAUCACCACCAACCGAGUCUGAAAUCCUACACUCCUACCUCCUCCACCCGUCCCCCUUACCCACCAUCCUACCCUACACCUCCUUCCAAUCUCUCCUCCCAAAAACCCACUCCUCCCACAACGCCCGCCAGCAGCACCACCCCGAUCUCAAACUCCUCUACCGCUCGCUCCAAUACCAGCGAGACAUCACACUCGACGACAUCCGCCGACGGAUCGAGGACGAAUGCCGCCGCAGCAAAACCCUAACAGCACGCCUAGCCAGACAAGUCCGCCGGGAAGAGCAGUCCAACCGGCCCGACCUAGCAGCAAGAUCUCGAAAGCGCAAACGCUCCUGCUCUCAACCUAUCAAUGACGACGACCACAACCACAGCCCCAAUAAUAACGACGACGACCACUCCUCCUCCCCCUCCUCCCCCUCCUCCCAAGACGAAAAUGAAUACGGCCACCAAAUAUCCCUCCAAAUCGACACCCAUCUCCACGGGCUUCUCGGCUCCACGCUCCCCGCCGCCAACACGCGGAACAACCACAGCACACAAUCCCUGCUGUUCGCCAUGGAACGCGCCAAGCACGAUCUCGAAAGCGAAAUCACGUCGCUCGAGGCCCAAAUCGCCACGAUACACGCCGAAUGCGAAGAAACAGUGGGCAGCCUGAGUGACUUGCGGUACGGACGAUUCGCGCAGAAUCGAAUCAGUGGGCAAAGUGUCGAUGAAAGCGCGAAGGAGGCGCCAAUAGGAGGAGUCGAGAGGGACGUUAUCGAUGCGCUUGGGGAGUUGAGAGCCCGAUUACUACCUACCUGAGGUAGGAAACUUUUGAAAGUCCCAACGGGAGUCGUAGGACGACAUAAGGUAGAUCAAGACGAGGAAAGCGAACCAUACCUAUACAUAAGUCGUCGGCUUUAUCGAGGAUGAGCAUCAAUGAGCACUGCGCAAUAUCCAGGUACCAGAGAAGCAGACUGGGCCCGUGAAAGUUGCAAACCGACUUAAGCUUACGACCUACAAGACAGGACAGGACAGGACAAGGACAUCAUACUUGUUUUGCUCUGUGGAGCAUGGGUGUGGACGUCGAGACUUCGAGCCAACACACAAUCUAAUGCGUGUGGGAUAUAGAUGAAUGAGAUUGAACCAAUAGAUG